ACGGAUCUCCCCAGCCUGCAGGUGCUUGCUGUUCAGGGGAGCGGGCGGAGCCAUGUCGGACAUAGUGUGCAGGUGGCUAAACCAGGAGGUGAAGCUGUCCCGGACAGUGAGUCCAAAGGCACUGGAAAAGGAUUUUUCUAAUGGCUUCCUACUUGGAGAACUUCUGCACAAACAUGAGCUUCAAGAUGACUUUUCUCAAUUUUCAGAAGGCAGGGUUUCCAAUGCCAAGCUUAAUAAUUUUUCUCGCUUAGAACCAACAUUUCAACUCCUGGGUGUUCAGUUUGAUCAAAAUGUGGCCCAAAAUAUUAUGACAGAAAAGCAUGGCUCUGUAACCAAACUUCUUUAUCAACUGUACAUUGCACUCCAAAAAAAGAAAAAAAGUGGACUCACUGGAGUUGCAAUGCAAACAAUGAGACCUUUAGCACCUGCAAAACUACAAAGUAUGAAAAGUGAGAUUUAUCGAGAGAGACUUAAGAACCUGGUGCCUCGGCAAACUGAUUUGAAUCUAAAACGGGUUUCAGAAAAGUUUCAAGCAAAGUUUAAACAGAUGGAAGAAAAAAUUAAUCGUGUGCAUUUUGAAAAUAUCCAAAAAAUUCAAAAGUUAAAGGAAGAACAAAGAAUACAAGAUCUGGAAAAGCAUCGCUUGGGCAGAAGACGGCAACAUGAAAUGAUGGCUAGAAUUCAGGCAGCCAUUUUACAGAUUCCCAAAGUGUUACCAAACCGUACUUUGAAAGCUAUUGAAAGACACAAAAUGUUGAUGAAGAAAAAAGAGGCAGAGGAUGUGGUUAAUGAAAUAAAGAAGUUUGAAAUGCUAAUAAAAAAGGAGAUUGAAGCCAAAGACAGUGGAUCAAAAGUUCCUACUGCAGCCCAGACAACUGCUGACUUGUUAAGCACUUAUUCAGAUGAAGAGUACAUUAAAAAAAUUCAAAAACGCCUAGAGGAAGACACCUUAGCCCGGGAACAAAGGGAGAAAAGACGCAGGAAAUUACUAAUGGAUCAGUUAAUAGCCCAUGAAGCACAGGAGGAGGCUUACCGAGAAGAACAACUCAUUAAUCGUCUUAUGAGACAAUCUCAGCAGGAGCGUCGAAUUGCUGUGCAGCUCAUGCAUGUUCGUCAUGAAAAGGAAGUUUUAUGGCAAAACAGAGUUUUCAGAGAAAAACAAUAUGAAGAAAGACGACUGAAAGAUUUCCAGGAUGCUCUUGACAGAGAAGCAGCCCUUGAGAGACAAGCCAAGCUUGAGUACGAAGAACAAGCCCAAAAAGAAAUAGAAAUUCACGAAAGAAUAGCAGCAGAAAGGGCUCAAGCUCGUUAUAGAAAGCACUAUUCAAUGUGUGCAGAAAUUUUGGACAAUAUAAUUGAUUUCUCAACUAAAGUAGCAGAAUAUCGAGAAUUAACUCAUAAUCUUAUUCCAGUUAAAAUUAUGCGUGAUUGGAAGGAGCUGUUUUUUAGUGGCAAACCAAUUUAUGAACAAGCCUCCAUUGAGCCCAUGCCAACUCGCUUUACGUCAGAACAACUAGUAGAACUAUCCAAGAGGAGUUUACUAGAUGACAAUGAUUAUGAGGAGUAUAAGAACUUGACCGGAGAAUGGACCCUCCCAGAAGAAAUGGCUGAUUCUACCCUACCUCCCAAUAAUAACAUAUUGGGUCAUGUGCUUCGGGCAGUUAAUGAAAAAGUUUACCCUCCAAAACCAGUAACUUUUGUGCCUCAGACUCCUUCCUUUUCAACUAAAGGGUGCCUACUGGGAAAGACAUGUAGUGGAAAAACCAGCUGUCUGAAGAUUUUAGAAGAAGCUUUCCAUAUUCAGAUACUUUCUGUUGACACUCUCGUUCAAGAAGCCAUUCAGGCUUUCCUUAUAAAUGAAACAAUAACUGAAAUUCCAGUGGAAGAAGAAGAAAAAGAAAAAGAAGCUGAUGAAAUAGUAAUUGAGGUACAGGAGUCGGCUACAGUGACAACAAUACAUACCAAAAGAGAUUCUCAUGUAGAAGGUGAAGACCUUGGUAAAUCACAUUCAGCCCAGGAUGUGAAAGAAAGCAGUAUGACAAGACUUAGUAAUCGUGCUCAACUUGGUGCAAAAUGUGAAAAGUUGCUGAAAAAAGGAAGAAGCAUCCCGGAUGUACUGCUAAUUCAAAUCAUGGUGGAUGCCAUUAAUAAAGUACCAGAAGAAAAAGGAUGGAUCUUGGAUGGUUUUCCAAUGACAAUAAUUCAAGCAAAACUUCUUGAGGAAGCCCUUACAGGGUUCAACCCAGAUCAACAAGAACAUGAGGGAAAAAAUUACAAAAAAUCAACACUGGUAUAUGAUCCGAUGGCUCCCAAAGAACCCCCUCCUCCCCCACCUGCACUUGAUUUUGCUAUGUUGCUGGAUAUAACUGAUACAAUGGUGCUGAAUCGUGUGAUGGGAGAAGGAAAAACCACCGCUGAAACAACUUUUGAACUAGGCGAUAGAAAUCGAGGAUCAUUUUCUGAAGAUGAAGAAAAGACUGAGCUCUUGAGGGAUCAGAUACAACACAGAAUUUUAGGUUUCUUGGACAACUGGCCAGAACUGGAGAAAUGGUUUUCAGAAAAACAAGACAUUCUAAUCAAAGUCAAUGCGGAAGUAGAUAAAAGGGCUCUAGCCACAAAAGUACAAGAGUAUUUUAUUGCUGAAGUGAGGAAAAAAGAAGCUAAAGCUAAAAAGAAACUAGAAGAAGAGGAAGCUGAGAGGAAAAAGAAAGAAGAAGCCCCACCUCCUGAACCUCCACCUCCACCUCCACCUGAACCAGAGAAGGAAAUGGAACAACCUCAAAAGGAAACAAAAGGGAAAGGUGGAAAAGGGAAAGCUUCAGAAGGAAAAGGAAAGAAAGGUGACACUUCUCCCAAAGGUAAAGACAAAACACAGUCUCCUCCUAAAGAAGGAAAAGGAAAGAAAGGUGAAACUUCUCCCAAAGGCAAAGGUACAGCAAAAUCACCGGGAAAGAAAUCACCUGCUGAAGAAACAUCACCACCUCCUCCACCUCCAGGACCACCACCAAUCAAACCAGGAUCAGAAGAAUGGGUCUAUGUGGAUGAACCACUUCCUCAGGAAAUACCUGAAUAUUUAGUGCCUUAUUGGGAAACAAUAGAGAAUUCAUACAUAAACACAAUCAAAGCAAUACUCAGGCAGAUAAGAGAUGAGCGACACACCGUGCUUUAUUAUCUCCAUGACAUCAGACUAAAUUACCAAGAAUACCUGAAACGGCCGGACCACAAGCAAGAGUUUGUGUCUCAAUGGCAGGCUGAUUUUAACAACCUCCCAGAAGACCUGUGGGAUGAUGAGGAAACAAAAGCUGAACUACACCAAAGAGUCAAUGAUUUACGAGACCGCCUGUGGGAUAUAUGUGAUACUCGAAAGGAUGAGGCAGAACAAGAACGUGCUGAUAUCAUUGAUGAAUCCUGGUUAAGAGAUCAUCUUGGAAUACUCAUGAACCAUUUCUUUUCUUUGAUGCAGGUGGAAAUUAACCGUUUCCAAGACACAAAGAGACUUCUUCAAGAUUACUAUAGGGGAAUGGAAGGCAAAAUCCCCAUGGCAAUUACUAGACGCGGAGGCACUCGAGUCCCGCUGGUAAAUCUUGAAGAUGACGAUGUGCCUGAAAUCUAUUCCAAAAUCCCUGUAGUUCCCCGGAGAGUUCCCUCUCCUGAAGGAAUAAUAAGCAAGCCCAAAAGUAAAGUAUCCCUGAAAAGAGGCAGGAAUGAUUACUGCAUAGAGACCGUCGAACUCAAAUAUGAAGCAGAUGAGAAGACAGUCGUGAAGGUGUGGCAGAAUGCAAAUUCAGCAGUAAACCACAUGGUAAACGCUGAAAUCCAUUUGAAGAAAUUAGAAGACGAAAAAGAAAACCAACCAGAUGAAGCUAAAGAAAAAUCUCCUCAGUAUGGUGGUAAAGGUGGCAAAAAUGCAAAGAAAAAGCCAGAGAAGAAGAAGAAGAAAGCUGCAUCACCAGAAGUCCCUCCUGUGAUUCUAACACCAGAGGAACAGGCAGAGCUAGAAAGGAAGUUGGAAUUGAAAAUGAAAAUAAAGGAUGAGCAUCUUGAAGCCCUUAAAUGUGAAGCACAAGCAACACAAUUUCGACUUGAGCUGAUCAAGAUAAAGGCCUUAGCUCAUAUGGAAGAACUUCUAGGAAGGGCGAUAGAUGUGUACAAGCUGAUGGACAAGUGGCUUGGAGCCCGGUACUUGGCAGAAAUGGCAAGUGUGGAAAAAUUAACUGAAGUGGCUCACCACCACAUCGAAACGUCAACGAGGAUUCAGUAUGAACUUAUUUUAAAUGAUGAAGACUUCUUCAUCAGUGGUGAUGUGAAAGUUUUUCCAGAUCCCCUUCCUCCCGUCCGUCCCCCGCCUGUGGAGAAAGAAAUAAACACUUGUCUCACUAUCAAACAACUCAACACCCUUCGAAAAGAGUUCAUGGAAAUGGCACCGAAAGCCAAGACACCGUGGAAGUAUUUUAAAAAAGGAGGCCCUUCAGUUGAUAAUAGAAGAUAUGCUGAGGAGAAGAAAAGGCUGAGAAAUCUUGACUACUACCUACCUAAGAGGAACAACCAAUUUUUGAAAAUUUGGCUAAAAAAAUACCCUUGGCUGGUGUAUGAUGACAGAUCCGACCUCAUGUUCUGUGGCUUGUGUCGCAAACAUGGGGUGAGCUCGGGAGGAAACCAAGUUAGUUUUUUUUAUGGCACUAACAACUUUAGGACUGAAUUUCUCCAUGCACAUGACAACAGUGAGGCUCAUGCUAAGGCUGCUCUAGUGGAAGCAACAGGUGUUUCCACCCUGACUGAUGCUGCCAAAGAGGAGAUGAUAAAGAAUAGGAACAAAGUAAUCCUGGGAAGAAUAGAGAACCUCUUUAGGUCAUGUCAUGCUAUUGCCAAGACCGGGCGCCCCCUCAAAGACUUUGUCUGGAUGUGCAAACUGGAUGAUAUGAAGGGCAUAGAUGUUGGCUCAAUAUUCCGAACUGACAAGUCAGCCAGGACUUUUGUAUACUUCAUUGCUGAAGUGGAACGCAGGUCACUGAAAGAGAAACUAGAAAAAUGUAAGUUCUUCUCACUCAUCAGUGAUGGUGGCAAGGACAGCUUCAUAGAGGACACUGAAGUUGUUUAUAUACAGUUUGCAUAUGAGGGCAAAGUUCACUGUCAGGUUGUUGGAGUACAGACUGUGAACAAGAUUGAUCCUGUCUCGAUAAAAAAUGCCAUUGAGAAAACACUUGAGAUAAAUCUUCAACUGAAUCUGUCUAGUAAAGACUGGUCCAAGAAACUAGUUGGGUUUGGGAGCGAUGGCACAUCUGUUAUGGUAGGAGAGAACAAUGGUGUGGCCAGGCUUCUGAAAGAAAUCCAGCCAUGUGUGCAAACAGUCCACUGCUUUGCACAUCGGCUUGAAUUAGCUUACCGAGAAGCAUUGCAGAGCAUACAACUCUACAAUACUGUUAGUGAUCUUCUCCAGAAGGUGUAUUAUUUUUACCAUGAUUCACCUUCAAAUAAAAAUGCUCUAAUAGCCACCUUUGGGGACCUUAAACUCCGCCCCGUGAUUCCUUCUCGAGUUGGCAGCAAUAGAUGGUUGCCUCGAUUGCAGACCGCUCUCCAAGUCUUUCUCAAGGGAUAUUCUGCAAUUGUCAAGCAAUUGAGCACAAUACAUGAAGGCAGAAGUACCUCAGAUCAUCAGAAAGCCUCAGAGCUCCUCCAGUUCCUUCUCCAAGCUGAGGUUGUCAGAUUUGCUCAUUUCCUGCUGGAUGUAAUCAAUGUCCUCAGCAUUCUGUCCCGAGUCAAUCAGGAUAGAAAUUCAUCAAUAGGAGAUGUAUUUGCAACCUUACAAUCAACUCUAGGAACACUCAGCAUGUAUAAAAAAAGACCAGGUCCAAAGGAACGCCUGGCAGAGUCUGCCACACACUUUCAUGGUAACCAACUUACAGGAAAUGGAAACAUCUCUGAAGUCCGGAACAUAGUCUUAACAAACCUCACAAAGCACCUUCAUGAUUGUUUCAGUGAUGCCAGCCUCGACGUGGUGAGGGCAACCACCAUUGGAAGUUUCAAAUUAUGGCCAGGAAAGAUAGAUCAAGAGUUUGGUGAAAAAGAGAUAUCAAUUCUUACAAAGCAUUAUGAACCUGUGUUGGAAGGUGCCAAUGUGAAAAUAGACGAAGUGGACACAGAAUGGAGCAUGAUGAAAUUAGAGAUUUAUAAUCGAUUUCAGAACAUCCGAAAGUUAACAUGGGAUUUCGUGAAUUCUAUCUAUUCAAUCAAGUAUCCCAAUAUAUUGACCCUAGUAGAUCUGGUGCUGACACUCCCUGCAAGUUCAGCUGAGGCAGAACGUGGGUUCAGUCAGAUGAAACUAACCAAGUCACAGAUGCAAUUUAAAAUAAAGCCCGAGAACAUGACAGACCUUUUAAUAAUUCAGUUGAAUUCUCCAGACAUCAACAAGUUUGACCCCAAGAAAGCCAUACAUCUGUGGAACACCUCUUGGCAGAGAAUUACACCUCCGCCAAUUGACCACAUAACUAAGUCAGAUUGCUCCUCGAGCUCAGAUAGUUUUUAUGAAAGUGAUUAA